AUGUCCUCCUCUGACUCUCAAGCUCCGGAGCCUCACCAGCCAAUACACAGCUCCCAUUUCUGGUACAAAGAUGGGAAUCUCAUUCUCCAAGCGGAAAACACACAGUUCCGCGUCCACAAAAGCAUACUUGCCGCCCAAUCCCCCGUCUUUCGGGAUAUGUUCUCCCUACCCCAGGCCACCAUCGAAAACCCGUCCGACCCCCCAGUAGUCGUUUUGGAGCAUGACUCGAGCGUUGACUGGGAGCUAUUUCUGUCGUCGGUUUACAAUGGAUUCAAGUUUAUCGAUCCAGGCAAGGUGCCUCCUUUUGCCAUGAUCAGCUCCGCCUUUCGGCUGGGUAAGAAAUACCAGUGUAGAGAUAUCUUCGAAUCUGCUCUCGGCCGGUUGAGGUCGGUGUACCCGCCUGGUGAAUGGGAGAGCCUGACCGCCGAAUUUGAUGAAAAAAUCAUCGCGCUCGCCCCGCAUGCCUCCCUUUGGGACGUGGUGAAUUUGGCAGUAGAGUAUGGCCUGCAAAAGAUGCUUUCCAAGAUCUAUUUGCAGGCACUUAUGCAGGGGGCCAAGCCGGGCGACCUCGUAACGCUCAUUCUCGAAGGAAUGAAGAACCAGGACGGGGCAAUAACACGUCUCUCAUCUGAAACUCAGCGCGUUCUCCUCAAAGGCCGCGACAGGCUUCACAACGCCAUCAUCAGCAAACCCCUCAGGUAUAUCUGGAACAGCCACAUUCCUGUAUACAAAUGCACGAAUUCUGUGACAUGCACCCAAGAGCGCGACAAGCUUCUGCGUAGCCAUUUGUUACCAGAGCUCAAGAUCGACAAGGCCUUCGCGUUGCCCGUGGACCUUGACCAAUUCUGUUACCGAUGCGCAGGGAUCGCCGAGGACUCGUUCGUAAAAGGCCAGAAAGUGCUCAUCGCAUCCUUACCAGAAAUGUUCGGCCUUCCGCCUUGGGAUGAGAUGAAAGAUUAUGAUUGGCAGGACGAUGAGUGA